AUGAGCAAACAUUCAGCCCGGAGCUCAUCGCCGACAUCCUUCUCCAAAAGCGACACCGUCCUCACACCGUCCUCUACUCCUUCACAAACCCCGCAGCGGCCUGUGACACCAGAGCAGGGCCAUCUUCAAGAGCCCGAACGAAAGCACCUGAUGGACACCACGCGAGAAGACAGCAAGACCGAUCACGUCGAGAUCCCCCAGGAUGACGACGCUGCUCCUUCCGGCUUAGCCGACAUUGGAAGCAAGGAGGUCGACCGCAAGCCAAAGCCGAGCAAGAGCAAGAAGAAGGGUAGCAAGAAGUGCAAGAAGCACUCCAAGAAGAGUGGGAAGAAACUGUCUUCGCACAAUCAGUCGUCCUCUGAUACCUCUUCCGAAAGCGCCGACUCGGACACGGACGCCAGCUCUUCGGAGAGCUCCACGGAGGAUGAGAAGGCCAAGCGCAAAGCCCGCUCCAAGCGGAAAGCGAAGAAAGUCAAAGCCGUCAAACGCCGCAAGGCUAAGGCGCGCGAGUCCUCUUCUGACUCCGAUUCAGACUCGUCAGAUAGCGGUUCUGAAUCAGAGUCAGAGCCCGACAGCUUGCGCCGACGACAGCGGCGCUCGCGUAAGUCCCGACGACGAGACGAGAGCAGCGACACACUGGAUUCGGAGGAUGAAGGCACUUCAUAUGACGAAGGUGAAGAUUCGAGUGCACAGGCCGACGCCUCGCGCCUCAACUCCCUCGAAGCUAUGAUAGCGCAGCUGCAGCAACAGCGGCUGGCCACCGCCGCAACAGCGGGCGGCCGCCCUCGAUGGUCUAGGCAUGUCGGUUUUGAUGACCUCCCGGCUUCAUCUGGGGCACGAUUAAAGGGCAGGGGUAAGAAGAAGGGCAAACGGGCAGCGAAGAAGCGGGCUAGCACGUUGGAAUUCAAGAGAGUCGAUCAGCUUUGGGAUAGUAACAUCCAUGACUACAAGAUCACCGAGAGUGCGGAGAUCCAGGCGGAUGAGUUUGAUCAGUACAUCUUCACUGUGCGUCGGAAGUUCGACUGGGAGAACAAGUACCGGAGUACGGUCGUCGAUAUCAAGUCGAAAGCACUCAGGGAGGCUCUUGCAGAGGUUAUGAAGGACGUCAAGAGCGUGUCGUUGGUGGAGGAGCAGCCAAGCGUCGAUCCGAACAUGCUCUUCCUAUAUGUCGACGAGCUUCGGGCGCACAUCAAGACGCUCAAAAAGCGACUCAAGAAGGAGAAGAAGCGCAAGCUCAAGAGGCCGAUAUCCCUCCAGAUUGCGCAUUGCAAACUUAUGGUAUCCUACCUCGACGAAGAUUAUGAGGAAACAAAGAAGACGCUAUAUCCUCUCCUCGAAGCCGGCAACAUCACCUUCGAUCUCCUCUGGGCCCUCUUCAAACCCAACACACUCGCAUACACCUCGACGUACGGCUCCGUCGAUGAUCCGCGCUGCUUCAAAGUCGACUACGCCAACAAGGAGUCGAGCUUUGUGCGGGGCGAGUGGUACUGCAUCGAGGGGCGAUAUCUCGAGUACGACGGGAAGAACUUCGGUCUCGGCGAUUUCGAGAUGAACGUGGAGUCGUUCAGAGGCCCACGCAAGAUCACCGGUUUGUCGACAUACCCACUCAAGUACCACAAGGGCGGCGAGGCCCUCAAGCAGCAGCUGAUCGAGCGCGGGAAGCGGUUCGUGGCGAUGCAGGGCAUGAACUACCGCUUCCACAAGGGGCUGGCAUUCAUGAAGAAGAAGAAGCAGGUCGCGAAGGUGAAUAUCAACGGGCGAAUCAUGAUCGAUCCUGCGAUCUUCAGAAGGAUCAACCCGAAUUACCCCAUCUCGCUAAUCAAGCCAAAAGACCCGGAUGACAUGUAUGGCGAUGAUGGGAGCGAGUGUUCCGGCUGCUGUGGCUCAGACUCUGAAGAGGAGCAGGAGCCUGGCGCGGAGGGGCCGGCUCCUUUGCCUGGUGAAGAGAAGGAGGAGAAGGAGAAGAUGAAGUACAAAGUCAUCCGCGACAAGGGCGACAAAGUCCACGUCAUCCAGGUCCCUGUCGACGAGGAGGGGCAGGAAGUCCCAGUCGAGAACCUCGAGAAGAUCAAAGGCGGCGGCGGCGAGAAGACCAAAGAGCAAGACUUCACAGAUGAGGAGCUCCUGAUCGCCUCGCCCGUGGUCCUCGGCUUCGCCUUCUCCGAAAAGCUAUGGCUCGAGUUCUCCCUCUCCGGCGUCCGCGACAUCGAGUGGAACGCCGGCGCCUUCGAGUCGCUCGUGCUGCCCGCCAACCAGAAGAGCAUCGUCUCCGCGCUAGUCUCGACGCACAAGUUCCACGCCGCAGAAACAAUCGACGACGUCGUGCAAGGCAAAGGCCGCGGUCUCGUCUUCGUCCUGCACGGCCCUCCCGGCGUCGGCAAAACGCUCACCGCAGAAGGCAUCGCCGAGUAUCUCAAGUGCCCGCUCUACGCCGUCUCGGCCGGCGAGCUCGGCACCGACAGCCGCUUGCUCGAGCACGAGCUGCAGAAGAUCAUGGAUAUUGCGCAUUCGUGGGGCGCGGUCCUGCUCCUCGACGAGGCGGACGUUUUCCUCGAGAAGCGCGAGAUCCACGACAUACACCGCAAUGCGCUCGUCUCGAUCUUCCUGCGGCUGCUGGAGUACUUUCAGGGGAUCUUGUUCCUCACGACGAACAGGGUCGAGACGUUUGAUGAUGCGUUUCAGAGCCGGAUUCAUGUUGCGCUGCGGUACGAGGAGCUGUCGCCAAGGGCGAGAAAGGAGAUCUGGAAGAUGUUCCUUGAUAAGGUGCGCGUUAUGGAGGGCAUAGACACGAUGCCGUUCAAAGAGAGCGACUAUGAUGUGCUGGCGCGGAACAAGAUUAAUGGGCGACAGAUCAAAAACGCCGUCCGCACCGCCCAGGCCCUUGCCGUCAAUGAGAAGCAGCGCCUCAGCAUGGAGCACAUUAAACGUGUGCUCGAGGUGGCCGAGAGCUUCGACAACGAUCUCAAGGGUGGGACAGGUUAUAUCGACGCGAUGAGGAGCUACACCUAG